AUGAAGAGGUCGAUGUGGGCGCUGGUACUGGGGGUGGUGGCCGCUGCCCUGUUGUUCCUGGGUUCGGUUUCGGCCGAAGAGCCCCGUCGCUGGAUUGAGCUCGAUGAGGGCGUGCGGGUUUGGCGCACCGAGGAGCAGAUCCAACGGCUCAUCAACGACAAGAUCCACUUCAUGGACGAGGACAUCGACGCGCUGCUGAAGGAGCUGUCGGCCGAGGAGAUUGCCAAGACCAUCACCAACCUGUCGCAGCUCUACACGCGCUACUACACCUCCACCACCGGCGUCGAGGGCGCGAAGCUGCUGCACAGCUGGUACAGCGAGUUCGGCCGCAACCAGUCGCACGUCUCGGUGCGCUUCUUCGACCACACCUGGGCGCAGCCCUCCGUCAUCGCCCGGAUCGAAGGCACCGGCGAGAAUGCCGACGAACUGGUCAUCAUCGGCGGCCACGAGGAUUCCGUGGGCUAUUCGUCGACCGGCAGGGCACCCGGCGCUGACGAUGAUGCGUCGGGCUCGUCGUCGGUGCUCGAGGUGUUCCGCGUGCUGGCCAAGAACGGGUUCAGGGGCAGCCGCUCGAUCGAGUUCCACGCCUACGCUGCGGAGGAGGUGGGCUUGCGCGGCUCGCAGGCCAUUGCGAGCACCUACCAGAAAGAGGGCAAGGUCGUGGCCGGCAUGAUGCAACUCGACAUGGUCGGCUACGUGGCCAAGGGCAAUCCCGUGUACGCCAUCGUGACGGACUAUGUCAGCGCGCCGCUCACCCAGUUCGUGCGCGACCUGGCCAAGGAGUAUUCCAGCCUCCCCGUCGUGGACACCCGAUGCGGCUACGCCUGCAGCGACCAUGCGAGCUGGACCAAGGCGGGCUACCCGUCCACCUUCCCGUUCGAGACGGCCUUCAACCAGGACAACCCCUCGAUCCACUCCCCGGCCGACACCCUGGACAAGAUCUCCCCCGAGCACGCCCGCGAGUUCGCCAAGGUCGCCCUGGCCUUCGCCGUUGAGCUCUCCACCCAGUAG